AUGGCGUCUGAGGAUGUGAAAAGGAGCGAGUCGGCGGUCUCGACGAUCGUGAAUCUGGCGGAAGAAGCGAAGCUCGCUAGCGAAGGAGUUAAAGCGCCGAGUCACGCCCUCCUUAGUAUUUGCAAGUCUCUUGUUGCUGGUGGUGUCGCUGGUGGAGUGUCACGUAGUGCUGUUGCUCCCCUAGAGAGAUUAAAAAUUUUACUUCAGGUGCAGAAUCCUCAUAGUAUAAAAUACAAUGGAACAUUCCAGGGUUUGAAAUAUAUAUGGAAAACUGAGGGUUUCAGGGGAAUGUUUAAAGGCAAUGGCACUAAUUGUGCUCGCAUCAUUCCUAACUCAGCAGUGAAGUUUUUUAGCUAUGAGGAAGCAUCUAAGGGGAUUUUAUACCUUUACCGGCAGCAAUCAGGGAAUGAGGAUGCUCAACUCACUCCAUUUCUACGCCUUGGAGCUGGUGCAUGUGCUGGAAUUAUUGCCAUGUCAGCUACUUAUCCAAUGGAUAUGGUACGAGGUCGUCUAACUGUCCAGACUGAGAAGUCACCUCGCCAGUAUAGAGGAAUCUUCCAUGCUCUGUCAACAGUACUACGAGAAGAAGGUCCCCGUGCUUUGUACAAAGGCUGGUUACCAUCUGUAAUAGGAGUUGUACCCUAUGUGGGUCUUAACUUUGCGGUUUAUGAAUCUCUGAAAGACUGGUUGAUCAAAAGCAAACCAUUCGGGCUAGUUGAGGACUCUGAAUUGGGUGUCACUACAAGGCUUGCAUGUGGGGCUGCUGCUGGAACUGUUGGCCAGACAGUUGCAUACCCUCUUGAUGUCAUUCGACGUAGAAUGCAGAUGGUAGGCUGGAAAGACGCUGCUUCAGUUGUCACCGGUGAUGGAAAGAGCAAGGCCGCCAUUGAAUAUACUGGUAUGGUUGAUGCAUUCAGGAAAACAGUUCGGUAUGAGGGUUUCAGGGCAUUAUACAAGGGUUUGGUUCCCAAUUCAGUGAAGGUGGUUCCGUCGAUAGCAAUAGCAUUUGUUACAUACGAAUUGGUGAAGGAUGUUCUUGGAGUUGAGUUAAGGAUAUCUGACUGAAGGAACUCCAGGAUUUUUGGUCAAACUUUUGGGUUCAUUUAGGUAAGCAGAAGAAGGGAAGGGGUAUAGUAUCAGGAAUUGCUUUCCCUUCUCAAGGUAAGAGGACAUUUAGUGCCUGAAUUCAGCUUUAUUGAAACUCACUUACAGCCAUCUUUCUUCAGUCCUUAGGUUUUCGUUUUCUUAUUCAUAUGUACUGCGCUGUGGCAAUAAGUAUUUUUCAGGAGGUUUUCAGAAAAUAAUAUAUUUGUCAGGAAAUGAUGCAGCUGAUAUACAUUCUGAUAGAUUUCU